GAACAGAGAACCACCGCCCGCGCUGUCCUUCUAAAGUUCUCAGUCUCACUCACACCUUCCCAAGCACAUCCACCCCAUCUUUUUGUUCAAUCCAAAAACCAUCUCGCUAAUAACUUCAAUUCCAUCUCCACCUGGCCAUCCUAUUGAUCUCGAUAAUCAAAGGGAAAUUUGUAAGUACGGCGUCAUUCUAUCCCAUUUAUAUCCUCAUCUAUCCAGAACGCCUUCUUGGUAGCCCCUUGAAAGUGUGGCAAGUCUUCUCCAACGGCGGCGCAGGGCGUGCCCAUUCACCGAUACAAUCCAGUCUCCAAAAGAACUUCCCUCCAGAAAGAUGGCAGAAACGCAGGUGUCCUUUGUCCAGAACGGCAGCCUAUUCUAUAUUCGAUCAAGGAUCUCACACCGACAAGUGGCUCCACCAAGAAACUGUCCUUUUAAUUCAUGGUCAUAUAAACAAGUUGCAUCUAUCGCGCAGUCGCUAAUUUCUGUGCCUCCCGAUUAGAAUCAUUUUCCAAGCAAAACACCAAGUUCAUAUCCACCCUCACACACAAUUGUUAAGCCGCAAUCAUGGGUUUGACAUUCUCGAAGUUAUUUGACCGUCUCUGGGGAAAGAAGGAGAUGAGAAUCUUGAUGGUCGGUUUGGAUGCUGCUGGUAAAACUACAAUUCUGUAUAAGCUUAAGCUUGGUGAAAUCGUCACAACUAUCCCAACCAUCGGUUUCAACGUCGAGACUGUCGAGUACAAGAAUAUUCAAUUUACCGUGUGGGAUGUUGGUGGACAAGAUAAGAUCAGACCUCUAUGGAGACAUUACUUUCAAAACACCCAGGGUAUCAUUUUCGUUGUAGACAGCAACGAUCGUGAUCGUGUGGUCGAGGCUCGUGAGGAAUUGCAGAGAAUGUUGAACGAGGAUGAGCUUAGAGAUGCCAUCCUUUUGGUCUUUGCCAACAAACAAGAUUUGCCAAAUGCCAUGAACGCCGCAGAAAUCACAGAUAAGUUGGGUCUCCACAGCUUGAGACAACGCGCCUGGUACAUUCAAUCUACUUGCGCUACAUCCGGAGAUGGUCUUUACGAGGGAUUGGAAUGGCUCGCAACGACUCUCCGCAAGACUGGCCACAACUAAGUACAACAUCGAUCCUCAACCUUUAUACCACGAUUGUGUUUGCAAGAUACUACAAAACCAAUCGAAACGUUCAUAUCUCCACCGCUCCUCCAAAUUGGUCAUUGGUGCAUCUCUCAAACUUAUUCUUGUGUCUUCAGCGGUCCACAUCAAUGAGAGGCGCAAGGGUGGUAAAUGUAUGAUGAUUUAAGCUCUUACGUCUUCUUAUGGCUAGGAAUCUCGUUUCAGCUAUGAUUCCAUGGGGCUUCCUCUUUGUCUUUUUUUGCGUGCGUUUUUCUGGUGUCAUCCAUCUUCUACGUUCUGUUUCUUGCCAUCUCUUGUGUGCAGCAUGGUAUACAAAAAGCAGAAGUUAGAUGGAAGAUCAAGGUAGUCUAGUCCGGAAUUGAUCUCACAUUAGAAAAUAAUUUUUGAUAAUAUUUGAUGUUACAAAUGCCAUUUGCAUAUAGUUUAGUAAACCUAAUCGUGGACGCUUUUGAUAUGUGAAAGUAUUUCA